UAAAAAAAAAGAAAGAAAUCAGCAUAGAAAAAAAAAACCCGCUUUUGUAGUAAAUGCUUAGUUUACUUUCUCUUUAUCAUGAUAUUUUCUAUGCUCUUAUCGGUCAAUAAACAAUGCCAUAGACGUUUCUUCUAUUCAACUGCUUAUUGUGGAUUGGCUCGAAAAAUUGCUAGAUCCACGGCAGUACCUUCACGUCAACUGACACAAUGGCCAGAGCCAUUGCCUUUAACUCCAGAACAGAUCGAUGAAGCUAAUCUCUUGUUUGCCCGCCCUGUUCAGUUUAUUAAAAGCAUCGCUCAUAUAGAUCAAGCGCCUGAGUCCAAUCAACCUGAAGUAGCUUUUGUAGGUCGAAGUAACGUAGGUAAAUCCACGUUGAUCAAUAGUUUGACAAAGAAUAAUAGACUUGUGAAAACAUCAAGUAAACCGGGUCAUACCAAAUUGCUGAAUUUUUUUGAAAUUGGAGGUCAAGUUACAUUAGUGGACAUGCCAGGAUACGGUUUCAAAUCCAAAGAUGAAUGGGGAAAUUUAGUGGUUGAUUAUCUGACUCAACGACAGCACUUGAAAAGGUUGUUUGUACUGAUAGAUCCGACAGCAGGACUGAAGGAAACGGACAUGAAUUUUAUAAAGUAUUUGGACAGUGUACCUUUAUCAUACCAAAUUAUAUUGACGAAACGCGAUCGAUUAGCAGAACCUGCUUUUCAAGCAUCCAAAGCAAAAAUAGAAGAUUAUUUAUUGAACGAAAAUGCUAUUUGUUGCUUUCCAGAAUUAUUGUCGUGCGGUAAAAUGAAGAAAGACCAAGAAUAUAAUGCUCUAUUAGAAGCAGAGUCAACGAAAAUCAAGCAUGCUAUUGUGCAAGCGACUCAUAUUAAGGUUAAACCAAGGUCGACAACCACAACGAGGACUUCACCAAAAAAAUGAAUUACAUUGUCCAUUUAGGAUCGCCUCUUCUUUUCUCUGAUUGCCUAAUCUCGAACAUGACUUGUACAGCAAUAUAAAGGCAGGCAAUGGUGAGAAAUAGGAAAAUAAGGCCGUCUAACGAACCGAUAAUCUCUAACCACAUAUAUUUAAUACCAUCCAAACCAAGACAGAAGCCGACCAAAUUUGCAGUCAUCAUCAGUAAAACAUUGAGCGCACCGCAUAAACCACAGACAAAGCGAUAGUACCAAGUAUGGCCAAACUGCAUAUUGUAAAGUUUUUUGUAAAUAAAAAUAGAUCGUUGUAAUAGUUU